CUUUAAGUUGACUGGAUCUUAAAAGGAUGUAUCAAUUAUUGUGUUAAUAACAUGUCCAAACUAUGAUCUCCAAGGUUCAAUGAACCUAUGAAAACUCAAACUCGCCACUAUUAAUUGUCAAUUAUUAUCUAUCAAAUCAACGUAAUCUCAUCGUCAUAAAAGACAAAGUCGUUACAUCACAACACGAACGUCAAACGCAAAAAAUUUGCAGAAGAAAAAACACGGCCAACGAAUCUACUCAGGCAUUUUCGCGCCGCCUAUUACAGCUAAUCUUUUCCUAUCGAGUCUAUGUUUCCAGCCAGCCAGUACCAAAGAGGUCGAAGUCCGUCAGAGCAUCUGCUAAAAUACUUAGUAGCAGUAUAAGAGGGACAGAGGCUUAGGCGCGAGUCCACAAGUAGCCUCCUCGGGACCUUGGCCGCCGCGCAAGGACGCGCGCCCCUAUACACUAAAAUCGCCCGCCAUUUCUCAACCGACGCGAGCGCGGGAAACAUCGGUUUGAAAAUCGAACACGAAAUUUUCUUUUUUCUUUUAUUUUAUGUCAGCUAUGGUGGCCAGUGGUUAAGGGUUUGACUAAAAUAAGGUCAGCCAGGAGUAGUUUUUUUAAUAUUUAAGUGACCGGUGGUGCCCGGAAAAUUGGGCGAUCCGAUUUAUAGACACCAGAACACAAUAGCUAUGCGGUAGACCUGCAGGCAGCUCAGUCAACAUGCGUCUCCUCGUGCUAGCGUGCUCUCUUCUCCUUCUGACGACUGUCGCCGUCGACUGCAGUGACAAUGGAACUGUGGAGGCCCGCGGCCCCCGCGUGACGGGCCGCAUCGUGAAGCUGUACUCCGGGUCUCGACCAGACCCCGUGGUCUGUUCGGACGAGGGGUUCCUAGCCGACCCGGCCAACUGCGCCGUCUUCUACCGCUGCGUCCGGGCUGCUCACGGGAAAUAUACUGUGUUUAGGUAUCAAUGUGGACCUGGAACCAUUUAUGACCCAGAAACAACUGUUUGCAAUCAUCCGAAGAACACAAAACGAUCGGAAUGUUUCGGUGCCCCAGAUGCUCUUUCUGAGCCAAAGCCAAAUGAAGAAAACGAAAUAGAAUUUAUUAACUCUCAAGAACUACCAUCACCUAUUAAAAUCAAUUUACCUGCUUACGAAUCUCAAAGACUACAGUCAACUUCAUCAUCAGCUAAUACCUGGAUGACUCCUGCCAAGUCGAGUACACAAGUGAUAUUUACACAGGCUACUACAAACUCUCCUCAAUACGUGACUCAAAAAUCAACACAGAGUGGUGAUGCGUGCAUAUCAGAUGGAUUCAUGGGUGAUAGCCAAAACUGUCGUACAUUUUACCGAUGUGUCGCAAACGGUCGUGGGGGAUACAUCAGAUAUGAAUUUUCGUGCAGUGAUACUACAGUAUGGGAUGAUGAUCUUCAGACCUGUAAUCACCCUUCGUCUGUCAAAAGAAGCCGAUGUGGAGGAAACGACAAUUACGAUGCUACCACACCACCA